CUACAUGAGUAAUAUAAGAAGGGAGUGUCUUUCGCACUCUUCUCAGUAUCCCAUCAUUCAAUCACUCAAUCAAUACUACCACUACGAUCCAAAGUUUCUCUCCAUUCUCCAUCACCUUCCACUCUAGCCCACCAUGUCCUUCCACUACGAUACUCGUCAGGGAGACAACGAGCAGUACAGCAUGGGAUUCGAAAUCGGCGGCCGCCAGUCAGACGCCUUCCCCACGCCAUGUUCUGCCCUGAAAGCUGGUGGAUUCGUCCUCCUCAAGGGCCAUCCUUGCAGGAUUACGGACAUAUAUCCAUGUUCAGCUGACGGCUCCGUGGUCCAGAUUCUGGGAACCAAUGUCCAGACCGGAGAAAUAUGGGAGGACAUAUACCCUCUCCGCGAAACGGUCUUUGUCCCUCGCAUGUCCCAGGAAAAUUACAGUCCGACUUCAUCCAGCCGCAAGGGAAGCAUGGACCUCCAGAGCCGCAGAGCGGGCCCUGGUAGCCACAUAAGUGCCAGAUCCCGCCAACCCAGUGACGCUGGACGUUACCUCAAUUACUGAACUUCGGACUAUUCUCGCGAUGUCGUUGCCAU